GUAAGGUUUCUCUUUCUCUCUUUCUUCCUUCCUCUCUCUCUUUGUCUUUCUCUAACCAUAUAAUCAUGUGUGUGUGGUUCAUAUAUAACGUAUCUCUGAAAGUAAAAAAAGAAGCCAUCCACAAUAUAUAUAUAAGUGCGGACUCUCUGUGAGAGAGUUAAGUUUAGGUUAGUAUCUACAGAGUUGUUACAUAUUAAGUGUGCGUCGAGAACCAAAGAAGCAACAAAGAUAUAUCCGUAGAACUAUGUGCAAAUAAGAACGUUAAAAAAAGGUAACUAUGAGUGCAAUCUCCAACGGUACUCGUCCAAAAGGGAACCUAAGAAGUAUUUUUUCUGAACGGAAUAAUUUCAGUAAUGAAGAGAACAUAUUUUGUACUCACAACAAUUUAGAGCAAUCCUUAAAUAUAUUGAACGAGGAAUUCGAAUCAUUUGGUAUCUCACCAAUAACUGUACGUGGCGACCUAGACGCUUCAGAGUCAUUAAAAGAACUACCCGUGAAAGUGAUAAACGCUACAUGGAAUUUGAUACACAAACACAGAUCCUUGAUGAGAUUACAUGACGAAUUGACCGACUUGAAUCAUAAAACAGUUAAUGAUAACAUUAAUCUCAAGAAUCAUGUAAAGCGACUGAAGCAAGACAUGCAAAAGAAGGAACACGUGUUAUGCGAGGCACAGGAGAAAGAGAGGAGACUUAAGGUUCAAUGUGACAACGCAUCACGCGAUUUGAAGCAUGAGAAGGAAGAGAUACGGAAACUAAAAAAACAAGCGCAAUCCAAAGACAUUCAACAUGAACAUGAAGUCAGAAGAAUUAUGCAGAAUGGCCAAAAGCUUCAGGAACAAUUGCAAAAAUCUAUUGGUACCUUCGUCUCAAGAGACAAAGCUUUGCAGAAAAAGCAAAGCGUGAAUCACGAGAAAGAAUUAGCUUCGUAUAACCAAACUAUUUAUCAUCUAGAGGAAGACAAUAAGCAGAUGGCGCAAGAAAUAAAGAAACUAAAGGAAACCCUGGAGUUACAUAAAAUUGGAUUUGAUUUACAUAUUGAAGCAUCCGGAGUGUGGACCAACGUGGAUACUUGAACAUCACAUGUAGCUUUAUAAUUUGUUUUUUUUUAAUUUUGGAGGGAAAAAUGCGCACAAUCGCUUGAAAUGUAUUUGUGUUUCGUAGUAUUUAACUAGUGUUGAACGAAGUUGCAAUGUAAUAUUAUUUAUUAUAAAUCGAAUAUUCUUUAUAUUUUUCACGAACAUAAUAUGAUAUUUUGUACAGAGAUCUUAUCUUUUGAACUUUUUGCUAUGAAAUAAAAGAGUUUUGUAAUUUUCUAA